AUGUGUCUCAAAUGGCCGGUGCGUCUGUCCAGCUUGAUCGAGGCUGCUCAGCGUGGGUGUGCCUUCUGCUGCUUCUUCCUGUCCACCUUCUUCCGAGAAUCCAACUUUGAGUCCCAUUACUACACGGAAACCAGGCCCUGGUAUGCGCGUCCGGCUGAGCACGACAAGGAGCGAAUGGAGCUCGUUAAGCAUUGCAUGAGCACGCUCGCCAAGAUGACCAAGGAUCGGUUCGAAUUCUACCUGUUCCCCAUCUGUUCGAGGAAAGGAGUGGGGUUCUGGGAUUUCGACAAGCUCAGGUUCCAGUUAUCCAACAGCAGCUUGGAGAGCUACAGCCGGGAAGACCUACAACGGUGGAGGGUGUUCCACUCGGCGGGUGUGAUCGCCACAGAGCGCUACGUGUUUGCAGCCAAGGGCGACCCUGCAUCCCAACACAUCAGCAGCCGCCCGCCCAACCCCUCUCCGGGCUCGCCCGAGGCCAUCGACCAAGUCAAAGCCUGGCUCCACGACUGCGACCUCCACCACGGCGCCGCCUGCCGCCCGCCCAUCACCGGCUCAUCCCUCCCCUCGCGCGUCAUCGACGUCUCAGACCCAACCGGCACCCUCCGCCUGCACCCAACCACAACCAUCCCCUCCUCCUUGCCCCCGAACCUACAUGUAAAACCCCUCCGCUACGCAGCGCUAAGCUACUGUUGGGGCGGGCCGCAACCCUUCCAAACAACCCUCUCGACCCUCUCCGCCCGGCAGCAAGGCUCAGGCUUCCCGCUCACCUCCCUCCCGCCAACCCUCCAGGACGCAGUUCUCCUCACCCAGUGCCUCGACAUCCCCUACCUCUGGGUCGACUCCCUCUGCAUCGUCCAGGACUCGAGCGAGGACAAGUUCCGCGAGCUAGCCCGCAUGUCCGACAUCUACAAGCACGCGUACCUGACCAUCACCGCGGCGCGCGCGUCGAGCGCGGGGGAGGGGUUUCUGGGUGACCGGGCGGAUCCGGAGACGGGGUUGUGGAGGGCGCUUGUGCCAGUUUCUUAUCGGAUGUCGAAUGCUCACGCGACAUCGUGGGCUGAGGCGGCGGAGAUGCCGCCGCCUCAGGAGGAGAGGGGGACGCUGUAUUUGCUUGAGGAGCCGGCUAGCAUGAGUCAGACGGUGAAGGAUCCUGUCGCGGAACGUGCGUGGUGUCUUCAGGAGAGGGUGCUCUCGCCGCGGGUGGUUAGUUAUGGAAGGUGGCCGAUGUGGAGGUGCAGUCGGGUUGUGGGGAGCGAUGGUGGGUUUGUGCCUUCCUCUGUCUCUUCGCCGGAGGAGAGGAGGUUGACGCAGGCUUUGGUGCAGACUGGGACUAGAUCGGUGGUUGCUGAUGGGGAUCAAAUUGGAAGGGACAUGCGGGGUGGUGGUGGUGGUGAGCUGAACCAUUUCCGCACGGCGGAGUUGCUGGAGACGUGGCGGCGGAUGGUGGAGGAUUACACCAAGAGGAAGCUCGCUUUCUCGACGGACCGGAUGCCGGCCAUUGCGGGGAUUGCGCGCGAGAUGGCCAGGUUAACGGGGAUGGAGUACCUGGCGGGGCUGUGGAACGAGAACAUGCUGCAGGACUUGAUGUGGUAUGCGAAGACCCAGGAGUGGAUGAUGAGGCCUCCUCACACCCUCGAGUAUCCCCUUGCGCCGACGUGGUCUUGGGCUGCUGUGGAGGCCCCAAUUUUGUGUGACGCCGUCACGGGGGAUGCGACGCCUCUUGCGAAAGUCUUGCGGUGCCAAGUGCAUGAAAUCCAGGGCAAGUCGACGUAUGAUGUUAUUGCUGGAGGGGAGCUGGAGAUCCAAGGGCCCUUCAUGGAGCUGAAGAAGGAGGAUGUGGUUGAGCUCCUGCGGAAGCAGAACCUGGCUCCUGCUCCGCCCCUCAGCAAUGACGUGCAGGAGUGGUACAGACAGAUGCUGGACGAUAUGGCGACGAGGCCUGACAGAGACAAGAGGGUGUCAAUCGACGAUGUCGAGGCUCAUCUGCCUGAAAGAGUGUUUGGGCUGAUGCUCUUUGAGCGGGACUGGACCAGCAACCGGUGGGAUGGGAGCAGGCCAAAGGUCGUGGAGACGUGCUAUUUCGGGCUGCUGCUACAAAAGGUUCAUGGCGGCAGGUACGAGAGGAUUGGCUCCUUUUUCAACGACACUUCUGCGUUUCUGGAUCAAAGUGUGAGCCCCUGGGGCGAGGAAACAGUCGUCUUGAUCUAG